GCCUCCGAACCGACCCUAGCUCGCCGGAAUUAACAACUGAACCCUGAAAUUAAAUAGUUUCGAUACUUGUUUGUAACUUGAGUGUCGUUUCGGCGGCUCUCGCUAGCUCAGCUCCGUCGCACAGUCCUCGCGGUGACCAUGAAGUUCGGAGUGCGAAGCAGCGCGGCCGUGCUGGCCGUGGGCGCCGUGGUCGCCGUGGCCGUGGCCGUCGUGGGCUACGCCGUCGUGCCCGGCAUCAUCGACGAGACCAUCCUGCAGGAGGUCGCUCUCGAGAACAACACCAUCGCUCUGGAACGGUUCGAAAACGUGCCGUUUCCUUUGAAUUUCACGAUUCAUUUAUUCAGCGUCGAAAACGGCCCCGAGGUCCUCGCGGGAGGCAUUCCGCGCGUGCGGGAGAGAGGACCAUAUAUUUAUAAGUUGUAUCAGACGAGGGUGAUAGAAGGCUUCAACGAGGACACGAUCAGCUACCGCUUCCUGCAGACCUACGAGUUCGACAAGGAGGCUUCGUUCCCCAACACCGAGGACGACCGCGUCACCAUCGCCAACGUCGCCUACCACUCGGUGCUCCAGGUGGCGGAACAACUGGCGCCGACGCUGCUGGGCGCUCUCAGCCUGGCCCUGGACUCGGUGUUCGGGCGCGAGCUGAACUCCCCGCUGGCGACCGUCCGCGUGGGGGACCUGGUGUUCGACGGCAUCCCGCUGUGCCGCGGCGGCGGGCUGCUGGCGUCCGUGGCCUGCGCCGUCAUCCGGGACGCCGCCAAGGACAUCCCCAACAUGGAGGUGCAGCCGGACGGGUCGCUCAUCUUCUCGCUCUUCGCUCAUAAACGUGACAAGUUGGGCGAGCUGUACAAGGUGGACCGCGGGCUCAAGGACCCGUUGGCGCUGGGCAGCAUCCUGCAGUGGAACCAGCGCGACUUCCUGCCGAACUGGGCGGGCGGGCCGCUCAGCCAGUGCGCGCGCCUCAACGGCACCGACACCGGCAUCUUCCCGCCCUUCAUCAAGCGCGACACCGUGCUGUAUGGGUUCAACACUGACAUCUGCAGGUCGGUGGAGCUCCGCUACCAGUACGACACGCAGUACUCCGGGGUGCCGGCGUACCGGUUCGCCGCCAACGACUGGUUCCUGUCCAACCGCGAGGGCUGCUUCUGCCUCAACGUGACGGCCGGCGUCACCGCGCCCGACGGCUGUCUGCUGCACGGCGCCCAGGAGAUGUACUCCUGCAUCGGGUCGUACCUGGUGCUGACGUACCCCCACUUCCUGUUCGCGCACCCCACGUACGCCAACAUGGUGGUGGGCAUGACGCCCGACCUGGAGAGACACCGCAUUUUCCUGGACCUCGAGCCCAACAGCGGGUACCCAGUCCGCGGGGCCAAGCGCGCGCAGCUCAACGUGUUCUUCCGACGCAUCCCGGGCGUGGCCGCCACCGCCAACUUCGACAACACCCUCGUACCCAUCUUCUGGCUUGAGGAGGGCAUAACUCUCCCGGACAACCUUAUCCAAGAGAUCAAGGACCGGCUGCUGGGUCCCCUGGAGCUGGUGGCCAUCCUGCUGCCCACGGUGAUCGCGCUGAGCGGCGCGGUCAUGCUGAUCGGCGCCGCCAUGUUGUUCAACGCGCGCCGCCCCCGCGCCCGCGCCAGUCCCCCGCCGAGCCCCAUCCCCAGCCCCCCGCCGCCCCCCGCGCGCCGCCCGGAGCCCAUCGUGGUCUACACCGUCGAGGCAGACUCCCCUAUUGACUCUCCCAACCAUGCCAAUGGUAACACGUAAAUGGAAAUAAAAUACAUGGCACUCCCACUGUAGAAACUCUAUGCAUUGCGUCAAGCGUAUCUUGGAAUAGCGUUUUUGAAGGAAAGUGUUGAGUUUUUUUUUAUGACGAGAGAGCCAUCGUACAACCUUGACGCAAUACAUUGCGCUUUCAGAGUAGGGAGCUUGUUUCUAUUUUAGUGCGGAUGUUUAAUGUUUCAAAGUCUAAUAGUUAAAAUAAUUUUAUUGUUAAUUAGUUUAUUUAAGAUUAUAAAUCUUUGAUUGGUCAGAAUAGCAGCUAUUCUCUAAAUAAGAUAUUGUGAGAUUUAUAUAAGUAACUAUUUAUAAUGAAAAAUGGGUACCUGCUGUAACUUAGGUUAAGUAAAUUAUUUAAUAAAUAUAUAUUUUAUUAGGAAUGUAUAAUAUUUACUAAACAUUCUCUAAAAGAGUAAGUUAUUUUGUACAUAGAGAAAUUAUAGUUUUUCUAAUAAAAUGUUUUUUGCAUA